UUAGGCGGAAGUUGUAUGUCAGCUGAUCUGCUGGAUGUGUUUGUUUAUUGUAUGGCUAACCCGUGUUAGCCAUAUUGUUGGCGUUGUUUUUGGAGAUAAUUGAACUUAAUCGACCAAGUUUUAGUCACAGGCUGUGAAUAUGAAUUGUUCAUUAGCUGUCGAGUUUUUCUUAUUUGCGUGUGUUAUGCUUUUGUUACCAGUGACGGGGAAGAAUUCUGAAGAUAUUCGCUGUAAAUGCAUCUGCCCUCCAUACAGAGAAAUCAAAGGACACAUCUACACACGGAACGUUUCGCUCAAAGACUGUAACUGCCUCCAUGUAGUUGAGCCAAUGCCAGUUGGUGGGAAUGAUGUGGAGGCGUACUGCUUACACUGUGAGUGCAAAUACGAAGAGAGGAGCUCAGACACCAUUAAGGUUACCAUCAUCAUAUACCUGUCUAUUUUGGGCCUACUACUUCUCUAUAUGAUGUACCUGACUCUCCUGGAGCCCAUGCUGAAGAGGCGUCUCUUUGGACACUCGCAGCUUAUCCAAAGUGAUGACGAUGUUGGGGACCAGCAGCCUUUUGCCAAUGCUCACAAUGUGUUGUCACGGUCUCAUUCUCGGUCGAACAUGCUAAACAAAGUGGAGCACGCCCAGCAACGCUGGAGGAGGCAGGUCCAAGAACAGAGGAAGUCAGUGUUCGACCGCCAUGUUGUUCUCAGUUAAACUGCCCUGCGUGUGAGACUUCCUGGUGGAUCAUAAGCACUGUGACAACACCCCAGUUCGUCUCUCUCUCUCUCUCUUGUUUGUAUCUCAAUUAAGCUAAAUGCUUCUGAGGUGAAUGUGGUCACGAAGUCUUGAGUUUUGUUGAGCAGAAACCGCUCUCAGUGUAUCGUCUUACCUGGGAUCUGUUUGGUUCUCAACUCUUCAGACAGCACAAAAAGAUUUACAGUGAAAUAAUUUUUGUUUAGUGAGCAGCAGUUCUGUUCAGGCUAAAUAAGUGCCAAGUAAGCAGAGAAUUGCGAUGAAGGAUUGAUGUUGGAGACUAACAGUUUAGGCAAACGUAAGUUGCACAUUUUUAUUUUUCUCCCCUCUUUAGUUUUCCUAACAGUUUUGUUGGUUUGCAGCAGUUUCAGAUUGGGUUGUCAGCCUGUUACUAGCCAUGUUUCACAGGACAAGUAGAACAUCUGGAUUGUUGGGUUGGUGCUGCAGCUGGAUAAAUGGACCAUAUUGUUGUUGGUGCUUCUCAACUUCCAAAACAUGCAAUAUGCAAGCUACGGGGGUCAGGGAAUGGUGUUAAAUUCGUACAUUUUAGUUGUAUUUGAAAAUGCAUGUUCUAGCAUAAAAAUUUCAUAUAAACAUGUUUUCAGUUCUUCCCUCCUGUAAUAUUUUGUAACUGCUAUGAAAUGUUGUUUAACAGAUUACAUUAAAUCUGAUAAAUGACUCUAGUGUCACUGAAGGUGAAUUUCUUUGUAAUGUCAAAGUAAACUUGCAGUAGCUGUGCUAUUAAGCGUCCCCUCCCCUUCUUACUCUACUUUGAAGGUCUUAAUGCACCCAUGCCCUAUUGUAAUGUCAUUUGGUGUAACAGUUGUAUUAUCAGCAUUCUGCGUAAUAUUGACACACAGUGUUGAACAUAUGACAGGAUGGUGUUAUACUGAGUUACAGUACAUAGGCGUGGCCUGUUGACGUGUUAACUAUUGUGUAUGUGAAACCUUUAACUUUGAAAUAAAUUUAUGUAAUAUUGGUGA